AUGCGUACUUCAACAAUUGGAAUUUGGGCUUUGGCGGUUGGUGCCGCCGCUGCAAAGACUUGUUAUAAUGUAAUAGUGGAGGUCCCUGUCACGGCUCGCAACGGCGUGUUCGACAACAUCAACACCCCAAAGACGAAUUUUGACGCUACCUCCUUCUCCCUCUCCGCGACCAAACAAGGUAGAAAUUUAACCAAAACGGCCUUAUCUGGUUAUGCUACCGUUUCGGGCCACUACAAUAUCUCGACCCAAUACUGUAUGCCAAAGAACCAUGAGAACUCGGCCUACACGCUUCAGAUCCUCACACAUGGAAUGGGCUUUGACAAGUCAUAUUGGGAUCUACCAUACAACAACUAUAACUACUCCUAUGUGGAUUACGUCUUGUCUCGAGGAUAUCACACACUCUCCUAUGACCGACUGGGCUUUGGAAACUCCUCCCAUGGCGACGCAAAAAACGAGAUCCAGGCAUUCCUGGAAGUCGAAGCACUCGCUCAGUUGACCCGGAUGGUGCGCAACGGCAAGAUAUGUAAUAUCAAGACCCCCACCAAGAUCGUCCACGUCGGUCAUUCCUUCGGCUCUGCCCAGACAGUUGCACUGUCUGCCAUGUACCCAGACCUUUCCGAUGCGCUCGUUCUCACAGGGUAUUCCACAAGCGCCGAUUAUAUGCCCAUGUUCCUCAGCGGAGCCAACUUCCAGCAAGCCCGGCUCAACGGCAAGAACAGGGACUACACAGCAGGGUACCUGACGACUGGGGAUAUCGGCAGCAAUGUAUAUCUCUUCUUCUACCCACCCCAUUUCGACACCGGUCUUCUGAAAUUUGCAGAAGACAACAAACAGCCCAUGACGAUCGGCGAACUCCUGACCAUCACUGGACUACCGGCGAAGAGCAACUUCACUGGCCCUGUUUAUGUCAUUGAUGGUGCGAACGAUGUGGCAUUUUGUGGAGGCGAUUGCUUGAACGCGGGUGGGAAGGCGGCUUCUAUUCCUGCUGGUGUCAAAAUGAUCUUCCCCUCGGCUAGGGCUUUCUCUGCCUACGUCCAUCCCAAUACUGGUCAUGCUAUUAAUCUGCAUUACAAUGCUACUGGGGCUUAUAAGCAGAUUAAUGACUUCUUGGGGGCUCACGGUUUGCUGAGUACGAGUCAUCAGCAUGAUCAUGCCCGUCAUCAUCAGAUUCAUCGCUAA